CUACAAUUACUAUGUAAGAAAGAAUUUUUGGGGAAAAUCAAAUAUGAGGAUGAUAUAUUAUGAACCUAUAUUUCAUACCAAAAUAUUAAUGAAAGAAUUCAGUCAUAAUUUAUGUUAAGACACAUAUAUAGUAUCUGACACGCACAUAAAAUAGGUAAUAUUUUUGACUGAUGUCGCCUUCUUUGUGUAUUAAUCCUUGAACUUUAUUACUUAUUUUUUAUGUAAUCUUACAGGAAAAUUCACAAACAUUUGUGCCAAAUGGCCCGGGGCUGCUCAUGACAGUCACAUCUUCAGAACCUCGUCACUCUGCGCACUCAUGGAGAGGACCCACACGUCUAUCUCUGAUGGCUUCAUUUUGGGAGACAAUGGCUACCCCUGCAGACCAUUCCUGCUGACCCCCUACCUCAACCCACAAGGACGACGACAACAACGUUACAACGACUCUCUGUGUGCCACAAGGGUCACUAUUGAGAGAACGUUUGGUCGGUGGAAGAGACGGUUUCAUGUUCUCCACUCUGAGGUGAGGAUGACCCCCAGUCGUGUGUGCCGUAUUGUUGUUGCCUGUGCUGUUUUGCACAACAUUGCCAUCUCCAUGGGUGAACCUCAGGAUGAGAGGGCCAACAGGGGACGACCAACCACCCAUCGAUGCCCUCGCAGGGACGACAUGACGGCAAAGGCAUACGUGAUCAUGUGGCUUCCACAUUCUUUUGACACUAACAUAUAAUAGUACAAAUGUGGUUUACAUCGACAUGAGAACUGUUAUACAUGUAAAAAUUUGAAACAUAAUGAACAUGAC